CGACAGCAGCAGACCAAGCUACUGGGCCGAGAGCACUCAAGAACCGACUUCGAGAGGAGACAUCACCAGGCCAGUACCACAGAUCUUCCACCCACACGCCGGAGACCCCGUCUCCACAGUCGCGCAGGCGAGAAGAGAUGCAGCAGCCCCUGUUGAUCCAUCCACGGGACAGCCGAGCAGCGUACGACUACUUCAGCAUCCGGGCGGCGGAAGACCGCGAUGAGCGGCCGGUGGGGGAGGCGUCCCGGGGCCGGGACUCUCCCGUGUGGCGGACCGGGAGCCCGCCGAACUACAAACCGACGGCGCUGCGAUGGCCCUUCAUCAGCACCGUCAUAGCACUCCUGCUCGUGGCCAUCGUCUUGGUCGUCGUCGCCGAGAAGAAGAUGCCGGACUCGGACAGCACUGCAGUUUUCGUCGGCAUCCACCCAAACGCGUCGCAGCCCUUGCUGUUUGCUCGCGACGUCGUCGCGAACACGUCUGCGUCGACCGUUGGGGUGACGGCGAGCAGUGAGCCAACGGCGAGCAGUGUGGCUACGACGAGCAGUGAGGUAUCACUUGCGUCAACUACUACUGCUGUGUCCACGACUCUCUUGCAGACCUCGGGCAGCAGUACUAGCCUGGCUCUAAGCGAAGCGAAUGUGCCGGUUCAGAGCGUUACAACGGCAAGAACCGAAUCGUCCACACCGUCCACGGCAACGCCAGCCUCAGUUUCCGCUUCGACGCAAACACCUAGUGCUCAGGCGCCGUCAAGCGCCGACCGCCCGGUGCUAUCUACGCCACCGUUGACAAGUAAUGCAGACACUGACACAUCCUCCGAACUCUCGUCAACAGGUUCCGUACCCCCGUCACGGACGGUGGACAGCACCCGCUUGGAUGUUGAGAGCGUGGCAACUAUCUCGUCGUCGUCAUCGGUCCAGCGAGUGGCGACAACCUCCACGGCCAGCCUUCCUAGCGGUGCGCGGGUGGUGCCCAUCUCGAGCUCAGUCUCUAGGUUUACCAGCUACAUCACCGUGUCCCUCACGACGGUCGUCUUUACGUCUGUGAUUCCGAACAUCGAGACUAUCCCAUACAGCAGCGAAUCGACUUUCACCACCACGUUAGUGUCCACUAUGACGAGCGUCAGCGAAACAACGUUCCAGUCUUUCUUCACAGCCAACGGAACCCGAGCCAGCGCGCCUGCUUCGACCGCGACGCAGACCAAGAUCAGCGUGACGACGCUCCCUGUGACGGAAACAAUCACGUUCGAAGGGGUGACGACGGUGACAGGCACCGAUACUAUUACGGGCACCAGCGUCAUCACGGGUGUUGUGAUUCCCAGCGUGGGAGAGGUCACCAUCACGUACUAUAGCACCAUACUGCCAGGAGACUCACCGUCCGUCCUGACGCAGGCGCAGGGCCCAGUGCAGGUCACGGGCAUCGAGGUGGUCGGCGGUACUACAGUUCCAAUCGUCCAGACCCAAGGGCCCGUUCUUGUUGCGGUUCCCACGAACGUGGUCCAAACUGAAGUUGUCGGCGGGCAGGUCAGCACGGGAGUCGUCAGCGUUGCAGGGACCACCGUGACGAACGUUGUGGUCAUCACACCGUCGCAGGGGAGUCCGGCUGAGGUGGUCACCACCGUUGGGGGCACUCCAGUGACUGUCGUCAGCACUCCGGCUCCGGUGACUGUGGUGACGACGGUGAAUGGCGUCCCAAGCACCAUCGUUGAGACCCCUCCUCCUCAGACGGUCGUCAGGACGGACGGGGGCGUUGCCACCACGCUUGUGGCCGGUCAACCAUUCACACAGACCAUAGUCAACACAAUCGGGGGCACACCGGUCACCCAGGUUGUCGUUACCACGCCUUCCGGCCCGCCGUUUCAGCCGAUCACGUACACCGUGGUGAGCGAUGCUGGAGGAACGCUGGUCACAGAAGUCAUCGUCACCACGCCCACGGGCCCAGCCGGGCAGCCCAUCACUUACACCGCGGUCGACAUCGUGGGGGGCACGCCUGUCACGCAAGUGGUAGUCACGACGCUUAGCGGAGCAACCUUCCAGCCUGUGUCCUUCACCAUCGCCACCGAGGUCGGCGGCACCCCAACCGUCAUCACCAUUACUCCAUCCCGGACAACCGUUGUGGAAACCAUCAGCGGAACGCCGAUAACCCGCGUCAUCACAUUUCCAGUGACAAGUUUCACCGCAACGGUGGGAGGCACGCUGACGACGGAGGUCUUGGUCACGACACCGACGGCCACAGGGCCCAUCACCCUGACGCUCGUCUCCACCCUACCAGACUCCCUCAGCACAUUCACGACCACGAUCCCGCCGACCACCAUCCUAACCACCAUCUCAAGCAGCAUGCUCAUAACCUCCACCCCGCCCCCAACCACCAGCUUCUCAACGCGCCCAAGAUCCACCCACACCUUCACCUCCACCUCCACCCCCUCCGCAGGCACCAACAGCACGACCUCCAACGGCGACCCCACCGUCGUCGCAUCCACCAAAGUCUUCCGCUGGACAGAAGCCGACAUCUUCCUCGGCACCUUCCUGCCGGCGCUCCUCGGCGUGGCGCUGGUCAUCCCGCUGCGGAUCAUCGACCUCAACGCGAAGCUGUACCAACCCUUCCAGACCCUAGCCCAGCCCGGGAGCAGCAUCAGCAGCCGCAGCGGCGGUAGUAGCAGCGGCGGCGGCGCGCCGGGCUCGGACACGCUGCUGCUGCAGUACACGGGGCUGAUGGCGUUCGUGGCGCCGGCGGUGACGCUGCUGCGGGGGCGGCCGGUGCCGUUCCUGACGACGCUGGUUGUGGUGUGCGCGUCGCUGAUGGUGCCGCUGGCCACCGAGGCCGUCGGGCUCAAGAUGCACGGCGUGUGCUACCUCAACACGGCGAGCCCGGCGACGUGCGGGCCCGCGCUGGGCGUCAGCCCCGUGCCCGCGCACGUGCUCGAGGCGCUGCUGGCCGCCGUCGUGGUCGUGCUGCUCGUCGUCUUGGUCCUGGUGCGCAGGUGGGUCACCGGCGUGCGCGCGAAUCCGUGGAAUCUCGCGGGCGCGGCUAGCCUGGCUGGCAGUCCGCACGUGCGCAUCCGCCAGGGCAGUGAGAGGGCCAUGCGGCGUGCUAUGGCGGAUAAGUUGUUUGGGCUGGGCUACUUCCGGAAUGCGGACGGGCGGGAGGAGUAUGGGAUUGUGUUGAUGGACGAGGCUGGGAGGGGGUUGCGUGAGGAAGGGGUGCCUUCGGGCGGGGACACGGAGUCGGAGCUUUUAGAUGAUGGCGACGAGGUUGGCGUGGACAAAUGGGGCGACGGUCGGACUUCGCAGCUGCCGUUCAUGGCGCUGCGGUAUCCCUGGCGGAUCGCCUUCAUGGUGUUCCAGCUGGCCGUGCUGAUCUUCGUCAUCUACUACUACGCCUACUACCGCGGCGGCGUGCGCGACAACGGCCGCCUCUGGCAGUUCCUCAACACCAACACCUUCGGCGUGCGCUUUGUGUCGGCCAUUAUCGGCGUGAUCAUCGCCUUCUGCUGGCAAAUCUUCUUUCUCAGUAAGCACCGUCUCCUUCCCCAGCUGUUUUUCCCUCCCUACCUACGCACACUCUACUCACACCGUGUGCCUACUCCAGGCGUAAGCACAAUGACGGCCUUCCGCCUGCUCUCGCUCUCGACCCAGCCAGCGCGCACCUCGAUCCUCCUGACCCCCUCCACGAACCCGUUCUCGGGGCUGUACAGCGCGGUGCGGCACCGGCUGCCCUUCCCGGCGGCCGUCUCGCUCGCGGCGAUCCUCUCCGAGUUCCUGCCCGUGCUGCUCUCCAACGUGCCCUUCAACCUGGCGCAGACGGCGACGGCGGCGACCGCGUGCGCCGUGCUCAGCUGCGUCUUCCUCGGCCUCAUGCUCGCCGUGCUGGCCGCCUCCUUCGCCGUGCGCUACCCGCCCAUGCCGGUCGACCCGCGCAGCGUCGGCGGCCUGCUGUGGUACGUCUCGCGCAGCCGCAUGGUGGUGGAGCACCGCGACUUCGAGGGCGUUUCCCUGCUGGAUGGGAAGGAGAGGGCGGAAAGGGUGGAGCAGCUGGGGAGGAGGUACUUCUACGGCGUGUUGGCGGGUGAUGGGAACGGCGGGAGGAGGUUGGGGGUGGAUUGUGAUGUUGACGGAGGGGAGUAUUUGGGUGCUGCGCAUUUCGGUCAGGGGCUGGCGAGGUCGCCGUAAUCAGUCGUUGCGGGUGUAUCACUCGGGAAACACGGAUCGUUGGUAUGGAGCUCUCUUUUUGGCUUCCCUGUUUCUCGGCUCUCUGUUACUCAGUGGAUCUCGAUGCAUUGCGAUGGACGGACACAGGAGUU